UCCAAAACCACACGCGGCGAAGAAUUGCUCAGCUCUCUCGGUGGGCGACCCCGUAUAAAACCGACCCGUCCCGCCUUGCGUCCACUCCCGCACCGCCAUCGCCAUGGCUCUCGUCGUCCGGACGCCUCGCUUCCAGCUCCCGCCCGCUUCUAUUUCCACCACCACAACCGCAUCCACCUCCCUCGCCGCCGCCGGCGCAAGGCCCUGCGCUGGAGCCGUCCGCGCCGCCGCCUCACCCUUCACCGAGGCCACCUCCUCCUCACGCUACCGCCGCGACUCCUGGUCCUAUGCCGCCGACGGCUACUCCAACUCCUCCUCCUCAUCCUCUGAUGCGGUCGCUGCAGCGGCGGCGGCGGCGGCGGCGUCUGGCCGCCGGGACGACGAGAUCGCGCUCCAGCUGCCGGAGCUGCGGAGGCUCCUGGACGCGCUGAGGACGUCCAGGGGGAGGGGCGCAGAGGGGGAGGGUGGCGGCGGCGGGCCCGGCAGGGUGGCGCUGGUGGGGACGGGGCCCGGGGACCCCGAGCUGCUCACGCUCAAGGCGGUCCGGGCCAUCGAGUCGGCGGACCUGGUGCUCUACGACCGCCUGGUGUCCAACGAUGUGAUGGACCUGGUCGGGGAGGGCGCAAGGCUGCUCUACGUCGGCAAGACGGCGGGAUACCACAGCCGCACCCAGGAGGAGAUCCACGAGCUGCUACUGAGCUUUGCGGAGGCUGGUGCCAAUGUGGUGCGCUUGAAAGGCGGUGAUCCUCUGGUCUUUGGAAGGGGUGGAGAAGAGAUGGAUUUCCUACAGCAGCAAGGAAUUAGAGUUGAAGUUAUCCCAGGAAUUACUUCUGCUUCCGGAAUUGCUGCAGAGCUAGGCAUUCCACUAACCCAUCGGGGUAUUGCUACCAGUGUCAGAUUUUUAACUGGGCACUCUAGAAACGGUGGGACAGAUCCUCUAUAUGUGGCAGGGAAUGCAGCCGAUCCAGACACUACUUUGGUUGUGUACAUGGGUUUGUCAACACUGCCAUCUCUUGCUCCAAAGUUAAUGAAGCACGGCCUUCCGCCAGAUACCCCUGCUGUCGCAGUAGAGCGUGGGACUACCCCUCAACAACGAAUGGUGUUCGCAUUGUUAAAGGAUCUUGUGGAUGAAGUCAAGUCAGCUGAUCUAGUUUCUCCAACUCUAAUAAUUAUUGGGAAAGUGGUAGCUUUGUCACCCUUCUGGGUUGAGUCAUCUGAACAUGAUGCGCUGAAGAUUGAGAACUCGUAUACAACUGAGGCAAGAUGAUAUCAGCAUUUCCUUAAUUAAGUGCUUGGGCAAUUCUUGAGUGCUGCAAUAUUCCUGAUAUGAGCAGUUCCGACUGAGAUCUCAGGUGUUCUGAUCUGGUUUAGUUUAGGUCUUUAGGACAUGCCAGCACAGCUUUGACCUGGUGUACCCUGAACAUUUCAGGAAGCACAGUUUCUGAAUGAUGUAUGGUAGCUUUACACAAGAAGCUCCUAACAGCCUCAGAACAGGAUUACACUUGAACUGACGGUUAUUUGGCUUAUUCUACCUGAGUGCUACAAAUCUUCGGCUUACUUGAGUUUAGCAACAGUUGUGUACUUCUGUAAUCUUUGGUGGGAGGUGGUGUCAGUUUUUCCCCAGUACUGUUUUUUGUUGAAGGGGUCAUUCCUGGAGCGGUGGAGCCUCAGUAAUGUAUGUCUUUCAGUCCUUCCUCAAUAACUUAAGGGCCAUUUGAAGUGCAGAAAUUUUACUGAAAUUUCACACGAAAUAGUUUUAUUCUUGUGGAAAUCAGGAAAAAUUCUGUACCAAACGUGGCUAAUUGUAUGAUUUUUUUAAAUAAAUAAAUUGUCUUUAUGUGUGUUAGGCCUUAA